AUGGCCUCUUUCAAGGAAUUGUCCCUCUCGCGUCCGCUCCCCAACACAACCCAGCGCCAACACUCUCACUCCAUUUCUUUGGGUGCUGUCAAUGCCAACCACCGUGUAACGCGUCGGAAGAGCGUCACCACCGCAGCUGCCAAUGCUGCCGCUGCCAUUGCGGCCUCCAUGAAGGAGGGCGAGUCCGCACUACUUCCAAUGGCCGCGCACCGCCGCAGCCUUGGGGGCCGCAAGGGUCUGGAGUCUACUUCGGUUGGAGGCACAUCUGGUUUUAGUUCAUACCUCUCGCGAAGUGUCAACAGUCCCAGCCAGGAGCCUCAGGUCGCUCGCAAAGCCUCCCCUAGCAACUCCGAUGACGGCAAAUCUGUAAAGGGCCGGAACCGCCGAGCCAGCGAAGGCGCCCAAUCUAAGACUGAGGGAAAGCAUGUUCCGGCUGACCUCCGCUGCGAUCGCUGCGGGAAAGGAUAUAAACAUGGCAGCUGCUUGUCUAAGCAUAUGUGGGAACAUGACCCAGCAUGGGCCGUUACCUCGAAACUACUUAUCUCCAAGCACCAGCAGGUCCAGCUGCUGGAGGCCGCCACGGUACUUGUCACCAUGAACCAGGACGGUCCCGAGCAGUGCCACGAGCAUUGCCCCGAAGCGGAUUCCGAAGUUUCCUCCGGAUCGCCCGACGCCUCUUCGGUCAUGCGCGAUGGAUUCAGCUCCACUGAGACUACGCCUCCUCCGAUUGACGAGGAAGAGGAGGAUGACUUUGAGAUGUCCGGCAUGCCGGCCAACUGGACCAAGCGUCCUAGUAUCAGCAAUGCCUCGGCUUUCUCCCGAUCCUACCACUCGAUCCCCUCCAGCUCGUACAAUGAGAGUGCUCCGCUUCACUCUCCUACCUUUUCCCACUUCCGCCAGUCCAGCAUCGAUACCCGCCCAUCCACCGCUGACACCCGGCUACACGAGGACGACGAGGCUGAUCUUGCUGCGGCGAUUGGCUUGUGCAACUUUGGUACUCCCCGCACAGGGCCCGUUUCUAUGACACCGGAUGUGCCCCCUGUCCCCCCACUGCCGGCUCGCUACCUGGAUUCAAGUUACCAGAGCCCCCGUCUGUCACAGCCGGGUCCGAUGAACGAGGCGUACCGACGAGACUCCAACGCCGAUCUUUUCCUCUCGGUUUCUUCGGCCUCGUUUAACCCGUCAUUGUCAUACAAGGUGUCGGAUGAGCGUGGUCCUCGAAAUGGACCCAAGGAAACUCAACCCCGUCGUCAUAGCCGCAACGCGGACGUUGACUUUAGCAGCCGUACUGUUGCGCCUGUCGAUGAUGACGACGAUGGCGUUUUUGGUCGCAUGGAGGAAUAA